CCAGAUUUACAACUACAAAGACACUUUCUCAGACAUAGUUGGAUACUCCAAUAUCACUUAACAAAUCUCAAAUCACCACUCUCACCAACCCUUCCUUUCGAAUGGAGUCAGCAGCUCUGUCACGCAUAGGCCUGGCGGGCCUGGCCGUGAUGGGCCAGAACCUAGCCUUAAACAUAGCGGAGAAGGGUUUCCCCAUCUCCGUCUACAACCGUACGGCCUCCAAAGUCGACGAGACCGUAGAUCGGGCCCGCAACGAGGGCUCCCUCCCGCUCACGGGUCAGUACACCCCUCGUGACUUCGUCCUCUCCAUCCAGCGCCCCAGAUCCGUCAUCAUCCUCGUCAAGGCCGGCGCCCCCGUCGACCAAACCAUCGCCGCUCUCUCCGACCACCUCGAGCCCGGCGACUGCAUCAUUGACGGCGGGAACGAGUGGUAUGAGAACACCGAACGCCGCAUCAACAACGUCGCCGAUAAAGGCCUCCUCUACCUCGGCAUGGGUGUCUCCGGCGGCGAAGACGGCGCGCGCAACGGCCCCUCCCUCAUGCCCGGUGGUUCCCACACUGCGUACACCAACGUCCAGGACAUCCUUCACAAAGUUGCUGCGCAGGUUGAGGACGGCCCCUGCGUCACCUACAUCGGCGAGGGGGGUUCUGGGAACUUCGUGAAGAUGGUCCACAACGGAAUCGAAUACGGAGACAUGCAACUCAUCUCGGAGGCUUACGACGUGUUGAAGCACGUUGGUGGCCUGUCGAAUUCUGAGCUUGCGGAUAUCUUUGCAGAGUGGAACAGAGGGGAGCUUGAGAGUUUCUUGAUUGAAAUCACUGCGGAUAUUUUUAAAGUAAAGGAUGAGGAUGGUGAAGGGUUUUUGGUGGAUAAGAUUUUGGAUAAGACAGGGAUGAAGGGGACGGGGAAAUGGACGGUGCAGCAGGCAGCGGAGCUGUCGAUAGCAGCGCCCACGAUUGCGGCGUCGUUGGAUUGCCGGUACUUGAGUGGGUUAAAGGAGGAGAGGGAGAGUGCUGCGAAGGUGUUGCAGGAGGCGGGGAUGAGUGAUGAAUUGGGGAAGACUGGUGUGAGUGGGGUGGAUAAGAAGAGGUUGAUUGAUGAUGUAAGACAGGCUUUGUAUGCUUCAAAGAUUUGUAGCUAUGCUCAGGGGAUGAAUUUAUUGAGGGCCAAGAGUAAUCAGAAAGGGUGGAACUUGAAUUUGGGGGAAUUGGCUAGGAUUUGGAAGGGAGGGUGCAUCAUAAGGGCAGUGUUCUUGGACAGGAUCAAGAAGGCUUAUCAGAGGAACCCUAAUUUGGCUAGUUUGAUAGUUGACCCGGAGUUUGCUAGGGAAAUGGUGCAGAGGCAGGCUGCGUGGAGGCGGGUUGUGGGGUUGGCGGUUUCGGCUGGGAUUAGUACUCCGGGAAUGUGUGCUAGUCUUGCUUACUUUGAUACCUAUCGGAGGGCAAGGCUGCCGGCGAACCUUGUUCAGGCUCAGAGAGACUUGUUUGGGGCGCAUACCUAUGAGAGGGUUGAUCGCCCUGGGGCUUUCCAUACCGAGUGGACAAAGCUUGCACGCAAAAGUGGGACUGGUGUUGGUGCUCUCAAUUGAUGAUGAGUUUUGGUUGUUUGGCUGUUGGUCCUGCAGUGCAGCGUUUGAGUUGUAAUUGUUUGUCUCUUUGAGGAUCUUUGGUAGGCAGAGCAACUAUUUAUUGUUUUCUUGCUAUAACUGCUUUGGCUUAAUAAAACGAAGGCAUGUCAUUUGACUUCCA